GUGCCCGGGGCUUGGUUGCCUCGGGGCUCCUCCUCGUCCAGGACUGAUGGCGUGAGGCCGCGCUCGCCGCGCCGGGGACGCGAAGGCUCGCGGAGGCGCGGGGGGGAGGUCCCUGCCUCGGCGCGGCCGCGGGCUCCCUCCGCGCUGCCGCCAGUCGCGCUCCCUCCCGGCGCGGCGGCAGCGGGAAGGGGCCGCGCGCGGCAUGGGGGCUCGGCAGCGCGGCCGCUCGCCCUCGGCGCCGGGCCCCCCCCGGGGGGCCGAGCCCCUCCCAGAGCCCGCGGAAACUUGGCGGCGAGAGCUGCCGGGCUGCGCUGCCGGGGGCGGGCAGGAGGCAGAGGACGGCAGCAAAUCCCAGCCGGGAAGCGGAUAACCCAGCCUUGCUUUCCCAGCCCCGGGCAGGCGACCCGGCGCUGCCCGGCGCCUGCGGGGGGGAGCCUGGGAGCAGAGGGGCAGCGUCUCCCGCUCGCCGCUUCGCUUCUGCUUCGACGGCUCCCAGUUUCCGGGGGGAAGCGCUCCCGUCGCUCCCGCCUUUGACAUUUCGCGGCGCUCGCGGGAGAAGCGGCGGCGGGCGGUGAAGCCGAGCGAGCCGAGCGGCGGCGGGGGGGGCUGCUCCGCGCCCGCACCCCGUGCCAGCACCAUGCAGGUCUCCUUUGUGUGCUCCGAGCACAGCAUAAAGAGCCGGAGCGCCGAGGACCGCCUGAACCGGCAGAAUGCCGGCAGCCCCAGCCUCGGCACGCGCAGCAAGUUCCGGGCCGUGGCCAUGGUCGCCCGCAGCCUGGGGCAGCUCUCGGUGCAGAACGCGCCCUCCUCCAGCGAGUCCAGCGUGAAGCAGCCGGGCAUGAAGUACAGAAACCUCGGCAAGUCCGGACUGCGAGUGUCCUGCCUCGGCCUGGGGACAUGGGUGACUUUCGGGGGGCAGAUUACGGACGAGAUGGCCGAGCAGCUGAUGACUUUGGCGUAUGACAACGGCAUUAAUCUCUUCGACACGGCCGAGGUCUACGCUGCCGGCAAGGCUGAGGUCGUGCUAGGGAACAUCAUUAAGAAGAAAGGAUGGAGACGGUCCAGCCUGGUCAUCACCACCAAAAUCUUCUGGGGAGGAAAGGCCGAGACGGAGCGCGGGCUGUCGAGAAAGCACAUCAUUGAAGGCCUGAAGGCUUCGCUGGAGCGGCUGCAGCUGGAGUACGUGGACGUGGUGUUCGCCAACAGGCCGGACCCCAACACGCCCAUGGAAGAGACGGUGCGCGCCAUGAGCCACGUCAUCAACCAGGGCAUGGCCAUGUACUGGGGCACGUCGCGCUGGAGCUCCAUGGAGAUCAUGGAGGCGUACUCGGUGGCGCGGCAGUUCAACCUCAUCCCGCCCAUCUGCGAGCAGGCCGAGUACCACAUGUUCCAGCGCGAGAAGGUGGAGGUGCAGCUGCCGGAGCUCUUCCACAAGAUAGGCGUCGGUGCCAUGACCUGGUCCCCGCUGGCCUGCGGCAUCGUCUCGGGCAAGUACGACGGCGGCAUCCCGCCCUACUCCAGGGCCUCGCUGAAGGGGUACCAGUGGCUGAAGGACAAGAUCCUGAGCGAGGAGGGCCGGCGGCAGCAGGCGAAGCUGAAGGAGCUGCAAGCCAUCGCCGAGCGCCUGGGCUGCACCUUGCCGCAGCUCGCCAUCGCCUGGUGCCUGAGGAACGAAGGCGUCAGCUCCGUGCUGCUCGGUGCCUCCAACGCGGACCAGCUCAUGGAGAAUAUCGGAGCAAUACAGGUUCUUCCAAAGCUGUCAUCUUCCAUUAUCCAUGAAAUCGAUAGUAUCCUGGGCAAUAAACCAUACAGCAAGAAGGACUACCGAUCCUAAUCGUGCAUACCGUCCGCCUGGACUCACUGUCAACUCCUAGUCUCCCGUUCGCUUGCUUAAGCUUUGUUGAAGCAAAGUGGAGAGUGUGGUUUGCAUCAAGAGCACAACAUGUCAAGAUGUUAUAGAGAAAUUGUUUAAAACGUUGCUGCAAGACAACAUAUGCUUAUUACGUAACAUUUUUUUGGAAUGCGAGAAAAGUCACUGGUCGGGAAGAGCGCGAAAGCAAUUUCACCCUCGCUGUUUAGCCUCUGAGCUUCCUUUUUAAAAGAAGAAACUACCUUUUUUUCCACAAACACACGGGACGUCACUGUUUUCCAUUAAUUCAGGCUCCUGUACAGUUUGCUUGAAUGCUCAGCUCUGGCAUGCAGCGCAUUUAACUGGAAGGACGAUGGUGUCCCUUAGAAAGGCCGGCUUUCCAGUGAGCGGGCUAAUGCGAGCUUGGAGGACUCUGUCUGCGAGAACCAUCUAGGCAUGUUAGAAACAGCUGUUUCGGACUACUGCAUGCGUCUCCCAGCUGCUGCUGUUCUGUCGUUUCCUUGUUCGUGGGGCUGAAUGAGAAGAUUUUCGUUCUGGGAUGUAUCCAGCGCAAAUCGGCCAAGCCGUCGAAAGCUGUAGGAGUUCGGGGCCCCUUGUUCUGCACCUCGCGAGACCCCAGCGCUGCCGCGGCGCGCCGGGCCGGGCCGGGCCGUGGCUCCCUUUGCGCGGCGCUCGGCGACGUCCUGGUCCUCCCGGGCAGUGGGACACGUCCGGGCCCCGUCGGGACCCCUCGGCCCUGCGCCCCGGGCAGCCCCCGCGCUGCCUGGCCGCGCGCCGUGCCGGGGACGGGGCAUCGCCACGGCACGAAGCCCUGGAGAAACCUGGUGCUUUAACGCAGAUACCGUGCAGGAUUCGUUGCUGUUAACACAGUAGUUGUAGGUUCUGAUUAUAAACAUUCAGUCGGUCGGUUGCUGUAAGACGCAGAAAGCCCUUUUCCGUAACCGGGGUCCAGGGGAAGCCGGGCUCUGUCGCCAGCCGCUUCCUUUCCUGAGCCCCGGGCCGCGGGAGGUGUCGCGACAAGCGCUGGCACGGCGCAGCCGGCCGCUGCGGCAGGCAGGCAGGGCCGGGGCUGCCGUUGGCGCGUGCUCGGAGGACGGUCACGGCGCAUCGGCACCGGCUGCGCACGGUAAAUGACGGCAACGAGCGAGGAAGCCGGCUGCGCGGAGGCCUGGGCACGAUGCUACCAGCCUCGGGGCCUCGCGGCAGCCUCGCGGCAGCAGCGGCAGCGCCCGGGCGAGCUCCGCGGGUGCCUCUGCGCAUCACCUAAAUGCCGUAGGGCACCGGGUCUCAGAGGUAACAGCCGCAGGGAUUUGUGUUCCAUUAUGCACAGCAAAUAAAUACGUGUAUGGUUAUUACAGUAAGUUAGCGUCUUCUCGUAACCUCUGCCUCCUAGAUGAAAAGCAAGUAUCCCCUAGGAGCAGCAAAAAGUCUCUUCUCUGUAGUCUACCGUGUGAUCCAGGGUGCGGAAUUAUUCCAGUGCUUAAGGUCAACAGAACCAUAUCCAGUACGAAUCUUCCAUUAAAAAGGCAGAUUAAUACUAAUAAACGGUGAUAAAAGCAA